AGGGUAAUUUGCAUCUAUUUACCUUAAUAAACACGAAAGGUAUUUCUCUAAAUAAUAAUAAUAAUAGUUAAAAUGGCACCUAAGAGAAAGGCUGCAUCCGUGCCAAAGGGUAAAAAAUCUAGUAAGAAAGAUGAAACUUUGGUAGAGUCCGGCUCAGGAUUAUUAAGUAUAGAAGCUAUCAAAGAUCUUGGAAGUGAAAUCAUACAGUCAUCUAAAUACAACAAUUUCGUAAUAUUAUUAGAACAAUAUGAGUUAGUGAAAUCAGAAUUAAAGAAAUCAAAGAAUAAUCAAAUUGAAAGUGUAGGACGUCAAGUAUCAUUGACUUUAUUUAAAUGUUUUCAAAAUUUAUUACAGAAUGAAAAAUUAGUAACAAAGAAACUGUUUGAUGAUAAUCAAAAGUUAGUAGUUAAAUGGUUAAUCAGUAAGUUUGAUAAUUUUAAAUCCAUAAUAUUUGAAUUUAUUCAAACAAAAUUUGCAUAUGAAACAUCCCUUCAAUUGGAUUUACUUGAAAUCGGAUUAAAUUUCAUUAAAUUGGAAAGUCAGAAUUUAAAAUCAGGACCAAAUGAUCUCUUCUUUUCCAAUAUAACAUAUAAAAAUCUUAUACAGGCAUUAUUAUUAAGUGAAAAUGGUCAAAUAUUGUCGGAUGGUUCUAGUGAUAAUUUUAUUUUAUUAGAAUUUAUUGAAAAAUUUCAAAUUAAUUGGGAUUUACAAUUCUAUUUCUUUAAUAAUUUAUCAGAAACUUUACAAGAAUGGAAAACUAUUAAACUGAAAAGUGAAUUAAGGAAAAUCUUUGCUCAUUAUUUUACUAUAAUAAGAAGUCAAUUAUUAUUAUCAUCUAGUGAAUCUUUAGAAGAAUCUUCUACCUGGAUUCAAUCUAAAUUACCUUCUAUUGCAUAUAAACAAUCUACUUUUAAAACUCAAUAUCAAAAAUCUAUUCUAGUAAUAUUAUCUUAUCCAUUAUUGGCAUCCCAAUAUAAAUCCAUAUUACUCAUAUUGCAUAAGAGAAUAAUUCCUAAUAUGGCACAACCUCAAAGUAUUAUGGAUUUCUUAACUGAUUCUUAUAAUAUUAAAGAUGAUUUAAUUAUUCCAAUCUUAACUUUGAAUUCAUUAUACGAAUUAAUGAAGAAAUAUAAUCUUGAAUAUCCUGACUUUUAUACCAAAUUAUAUUCUCUUUUAACUCCAGAAUUAUUAUACACUCGUUAUAGAUCAAGAUUUUUUAGAUUAUGUGAUCUUUUCCUUUCAUCUACACAUUUAUCAGCCAAUUUAGUUGCAUCUUUCAUUAAGAAAUUAGCUAGAUUAGCUAUGGCUUCAAGUGCAUCAGGAGCAGUUAUUGUUAUUCCAUUUACUUAUAAUUUAUUAAAGAGACAUCCUACUUGUAUGAUUAUGUUACAUAAUACAUCUGCAUCUAGAGAUUAUCAAGAUCCAUUUGAUAAUGAUGAAAAAGAUCCAUUGAAAACCAAUGCUAUUGGUUCAUCACUUUGGGAAUUAGAAACUUUAAUGACUCAUUAUCAUCCUAAUAUUGCUACAUUGGCUAAAAUUUUUAGUGAACCAUUUAGAAAACAUUCGUAUAAUUUAGAAGAUUUCUUAGAUUGGAGUUAUAUUACUUUAUUAGAUAGUGAAAAAACAAGAAGAUAUAAGACUAUGGCAGCAUUAGAAUUUGAAGAAUUUUCAAAUCUUUUCGAAAUUGAUGACAGUGUUAAUGUUUAUGCUAAAGGAUGGACUUUAUAGAUUUUAAAGAUUUUUAAAUAAGGUAAAUAAGUAAAUUUUAGUAUAAGUACAAAGUACAAUUACAAUUUUGCAACAAUACACGCCCCGAGUAAUUAAUCCCAAUUGG